AGAUAGAAAUUCUCCUUAUGACUGACAUGACGGCGGGCCCCAGAUUUUUUAUCCCAGGCCGGCAAGUGACCCCGGUUCUGGGUGGAUGCUGGUCGGUUCGGGGAGGGCGCUGGGCCACUUUUCCUCCAUUAUCGAGUGGAUGGAUCAUCGAAUCAUCGACCCCGAGGAUCGGAAAUGGUGUCGGGGAUAGCACGGAGCGUCGUUAGUUCGGUUUUCUCGGUUGGCGUCGCAUCAGCCUCCCGACGUUCCCUGGGUGGCUUGAGGAAGCCGAGGAGAGGAGAGGAGAGGAGAGGGGGAGCCGCACGAUGAGGGCAUCAUG